GAAACACCAGUAAAGAGGAAGAUAUACACAAACUUAAGAAUAGUAAUUAUUGUAACUCAAUUUCUCGCUUGGGUCACCCUUUGCAUCCUGGGUUUCUUUUCCACUCUGUCCCUUUAACUGUGAUUGAGUAUGGGGAAGAUGUCUAUUCAUGGUCCAAAACGACUCCAAAAGAAUAUUAAACGGACCAACAUUGUUGUUCAGAAAGUUCCCUCAUAUGAGGUCGAAAAUCAAAGUCUUGCCAUGCUCCACCUCAUUGACACAGAUGACACGACUGAGUUGUUGUGGUUUCACAACACUCUGCGUCCGCGCAGAAAUCUCAUAGCAUCAUCUAAGCUCUUUCUCCAGGGCAUCAAGGCACUUCAACCGGCGUCGCAGUUCAACACGUUCGAUCUGAGAAAGCUCAAGCUUCGCCGUCUAGCAAAACAACGCAAGGACACGCUAAAGGCCCUGGAGCGGCGCAAAGAGAUAGCCCCGACUGCUGUCUAUCGUGCUGCAGUGAAUCCACACAAAGUACCCCGCACGGGUGGUCGCGCAACAGAAGACGAAGCGGGCUUUAUGUUGCGUGGUAGAACACAAGGAAAACAAAAGGCAGACGAAGUUGGCGAUAAAGGCUCACCACAAUACUUCAUCAAGUGGCGAAAGCAAAAGUUCCAGAAGAUCGGUAAGGGUUUAUAACAUUGCUGUAGUAAAAGUAGGUCAUGGGUCGUGUUUGAACAAUCAAGCGAUGGGCGGAGGCGUUAAGACUUGCCUAAGUGUGUGGGUUGAAAAUUAAGCGUUGAUUAACAACACAUAGGAGGUGGAAAGCAGGUAGCGCUGUCUGCGUAAAAUACUA